UUGUCAUCGUGAUGGGCGACGUAAAAUUUCUGAAAAUUUCAGAAUAAUUUUGACUGCUUUUUCAAUAUUUAAGUGACUUCCUGAAAAGCUUAAUUGAUGUUACGACAAAGAAACUGUACAUGCGUGAUUUCUAAUUCAUCUUUUUUCCGUAAUUUACGCUGAAAUUUGCGGAGACAAUGGAUAACUCGGCCAUACAAACAUUGGAGGCAGCUGCCCAAAUGCUAAUGGCACCACCGAAUUUGGUGUCAUCAGAGCAGCGGCAUCAAGCAGAAAGUGUGUUCCUUCAAUUUAGGACCACAAAGAACCCAUAUGCUUUAUGUAGAGAAAUUUUAGAAAAGUCUUCGUCAGACUAUGUACUAUUUGAAGCAGCUGGGUUGCUGAAGUCAGCUCUCAUUAGGGAAUGGAGCUUGCUCUCAGAGAGUGAUGUUUCAUCUUUGAGGGAAUAUCUACUGAAUUAUCUUUUGAGAAAGGAUACAGCACCAUUCUUGCGAGAGAAGCUUUUGCAGACAAUUGCAAUUAUUAUUAAGAGAGGCAGUGUAGAUGAUGGAGGGAGAGAGAGAAAGGCUUUACUGACAGAGUUAGAGAAGAUAAUUCUCAGUUCCACAAUCAAUCAGCAGAAGUUGGCUUGCUCACUUAUAUUGGCUAUCAUGCAGGAGUAUGCUAUAACUGUGAAGUCAGCUGAUGUGGGGAUGAUCUGGGAAGUACAUUUCCGAUUGAAGAAGUCUUUUGAAGCUUUAGAUUUGAAGAGGAUAUUUAGGUUUACGGUUGGAGUACUAGAACAAAUUGUCCGAUCAGGCCACCGUCCAGAAGGAGAACAGGCAGCUUUGACCAAACAACUACUGACUAUUGUUGAGACUGUACUAUGCUGGAGCCGCGUAUCUCCUCUUCUAUCCAAACGGUUGAUUGGUGCAUUUGAGGCUAUUUUCGAAAGUGACACACCAGCUUUACGUCUGAGUCUUAAUUGGAGAGACACAAUGAUGCAACCGGAACUGAUAGCUUUAUUUUUUGAGAUCCACAUGUACGUCCGGUCUAAUCCUGAAUUAGCUAACCCAUCUCUCACUUGUCUGGUGCAACUGGCCAGUUUAUGCGGUGUAGUGCUGUUUGGUAACCUAAAACAACAGUAUUUAGAGAAUUAUGUAAAUAGUUUCUUGAAUAUGAUGGCUUACAUUCAGCCAGUAGAACGGGAAAUGUUGGGUAUUUCUGAUAUUUACCGAAAAUUGGUACAGUUUUUCUCGCCUGCUAUGGUAGCUAGUACACCACCGGCGUUUUUGGAAAAUCUGACUAGAUUAACUUGUCAUUGUAUUAGAGGUGCAGUUAUAGAGGAAGGGGUAAAUGAUGACACAGUAUGGCGUGAAUCUCUAAAUAAGUUCUUGCACACUUGGAGCUCCUUGGUGCAUGACUCAGAUGGAUAUUCAAAUGAAACACUAAUGAAUCCUUGUAUAGAAGUCUUCAAUACCUACCUACAGUGCAGACUAGCGCCGCCAGACGGGACAAGAGGCACAGAGAGCAACGACGGAUGCGGCGACGAUAUAAAGGACGACAUAGAGGAAGACGAGCGGAAGCAGCAUGCCAACGUGCUGCUGACCAUCGGCGCCAUCGCUAGGAAGGCGCCUGCGCACUGCUCGCAUGUCCUCUUCACAUUGCUUCAGGAUAGGAGCAAGAGGUUGGAGGGUCAGCUACAACUGAUGCAUAUGGGCAAGCUGCCGAUGAGCGGCGGGGAACAAUUAGUCAGGUUAUUCGAAGAUUUGCACUGGAUUCUCAUGAUUACCGGUCAUUUCCUAGCAAUCGACUGCGUGGAAGGCGAGCUGGUUAUGAUUCCACCAGAGAUAAUGCACUACAGUCUAGUGGAGAAUGCGAAUGUAGACGCCUCACUCCGGUACCUGGUCGGGGAGAGUACUAGUACUGAAAACGUUGACCCUGUACUCAAGUUGAUAGGUGAAAUCCUCCGUAUAAGCGCGUGGGAGUGCGCCGCGCUGGAGGCGGGUCUGGGCACCGUGUUCAGCCCAGAACUGUCGGCCACGAUAUCCUGGCUGCUCAAGAUAUGGGCCAACUCCUACUUGAUGCCUCCCCCGCUUAUGUAUUCUGAGAUGUCCCCGAUCCUGGAGUGCGCGUUCGGGCGCGGGUCGCGCGGCGUGUCGUGGGUGGUGUCCCGGCUGGGCGCCCGCGCCGGCUGCUGCCUGCGGCACCUGGCCGCGCAGCCCGUGGCGGCCACGCAGGCGCUGCACCUGCUCACCACGCUCGCUCACUCGCAGCACAAGUGCGUCUCCCAUACUCCCACUGUUCAACUCUGUCACGGUUACUGCCUCGGGGAGAAUCCUUUAGCAACGUGCGAAGAGUUCCUGGCGCUGGUGGCGUGGGAAGCGACGGGGAGUAACCUGCCGGGCGAGCUGCGCAAGGAACUGCACAGGGCCUUCGCUAUCGCCGCCACGUACGCUGAAGGUGAAGCCCGCAACCGGCUGCUAUCAAGCACAGUGGCGCUGCAAGAGAAGCUGCUGAACAUUCUCAACAUGGAGUCUGACACGGAGCCAGUACGCAACAUGCUCGCCGACACACUCGACUGCUUCAUCGGCGUCACUGAAGGCGUACAUGAGGUUGGAACAAUGGACGAACAGUUCAUGAUGUUAAUGGGUGCCUUAGAGAAGAUACCGGGAAUCAUAUUCAAGUACCACAACUACCCCGGCGUGGUCCUGCCUUCUAUCAACCUUCUCACCAAGAGUACCAAACGUAUGCUCAACUCUGUACAACCACAAAAUGUCACCAAGUUUCUGGAGAUCUGCAACACGACAUUCGAGGUCUACAUGAGGUGGAACCAGGGGAAGAUAUCCAGCAUCCCACAAGAUGCCGAAGAAGAGGCUUACGAGGACAUCUGCGCGCUGAUGGAGCUAAUCUGCAGCAUCUCGCGUUGCGGAUCGGACCGCAGCGUGGACACGACGUGCGCUCGCGGCCUGCGCAUGCUGCUCCCGCUCGUGACGCCGUCGCUGCUUACGCUGCCCACGCUGGCCGCGCACAUGUACCGCAUGAUACGUGACCUGGACAACUUUGGCGCCGACCAGAUCACUAAUCUACCGAUAGAAGAAUUCACUAUGGUGAUAGGCGCCCUUCGAGUCGGUCUAACGGCAGUAUCGUGCGACGUGUCCACGCUAUGUUGCGACACGAUCGUAGGGAUCGCCAACAAAGUCCGCAAUCAAGGCGACGACAACCCCUACGCCAUGGCACUGCUAACUCUAGCAGAGUUACUUCUAAUGUUGAUAAUCAAGAUGGAAAUACCGCCGGACUCUAUACCCGCCGCCGGAGCAGCUAUUUACUCCCUGACUUGUGUGAAACCAGCGCUACUAGAGGGGCUAGCCAGACAGCUGAUCGAAGCGUUCGCGGUCAACGACCCCGCGAACGUACCCCGCCUAGAAGAGGCAUUCGGGAUGCUAACCAAUGGAGUCAUAUUCGACGGCGUUCGCCUACACAAAAUCAGGUUCCAAGACAACUUCGACAAGUUCCUAGCGAGCGUUCACGGCUUCCUUAUCAUAAAAUAAAUCGUUUCAAAAAAUAUAUUCCUGUGAAAAUUAUCGCUAUAAAGGCUGUGGAAUGACAGUCGCUGCUACAGAUUGGGGCGUUAGUGCUUUAGGGUUGAUUAGACCCAAGUGCGAGACUUUGGAGUUUCCCUCUAUUUGGGAAACAUAUUUAUUACGACUCUAAGGUCGAAUUUAAUGAGAACCGUACGGUGAGACUUUUUUAUUCAGUUUAUUGGAAUUGAUUGUAUACUUUAAUAUCGUUGUAGGUAUUAUUCUUAUUUCCCGCCUUGGGCUGUGAGAUGUGAAACUGUUAAAUCUUGUGUUUAUCGAAUAUAUUGUUGUCUGUUCUGUUUUAGGUGCCAUGUCGAAUUGCCGCGUAGUAUUUUAUUUUGUGUAUGUUCCUUUUGAAUAAGGCCUAACAACAGGGUGCUUUGGAAUCCAAUGACUGUGUAAUCCUUAUGAUCUUCCUUAAUUUUACAAUUGGCGCAAAGUUUUGAAUAAUUAUAUCAAACGAAGGAGCGUAAUUUAGUUCGUAAUUCGCGGUGGUCCAGCUCUGAGCACUGGAAGUCAAUAUCAUUCGCGUCGACGCAAAAAUAUCCUAACAUAUUGUGUGAUUUUGCAAAUAUCUAGUUAGAACAUACGUAGGCGCAUGGUAUAAUAAAACCACGUAUGCUCGAAAGUGACAGCUAACAUUUCAAGGUUAGCAACGACUAAUGUUUUUAAUUUAAUUUUCAAGUCAAUUUUGAAGUUUUAGUAAAAUAUUUACUUACUGUUUUAAUGUUUUUUAUAUACUUAUGUAUCAAGUGAUAGUUUUUAAGUACGUUAGACAGUAAUUCGCUUUAUUUUCAAUAAUAACAUGAAUGUUGGAGACAGGUACCAAUGUAAUGGUAACACUCAUUUAACACUUACGUUAUCAAACGAUUAGCAAUGGCGGCUUUUCAUACGAGCAUACCUUGUUUUAUUAUACCACGCGUAAGUCUAAGUAAGCGAACUUAUGUAAGCCACUACUAGUUGUGUGCAAAGUGCAUGAAUCUUUAAAAACUUAAGUUCUAACUGCAUAUUUGCAAAGACAAAAGAAUCUAUGAUAUGUUUGCGUUGACCCGUAUGAUACUGGUGCUAAUUCCUGUAGACAGCAUCUAAUUUUAUUGAUGUUCCAUAAAUUUUAUGCUUGUCAAUUACCCGUCCCUUUCCUUUUCGACGGAUAAGAAAAUGACAGGUACAACUUAAAAGUAAAAUUAGGAGGUGUCUACAGGAAUCGGGGCCAUUGCCUUCUCUGAGAUCCACCCGUGUAUUAUCGUAGUUAUAUUUUCAUCACGGUUGCCAGUAGUGUGUGUUCACAACGAAGAAUACGGCAAACUUUUGUAAUGUGGUUGUGAAUGUGUAAAGUGCAGAAAAGGACUACUACUGUGGUAUUUAAUUAUUAGAGGUUUAGACAUAAAAGUACACUUUUAGUACUUAUACAAGCUAGUUAGAGAAAUUGUGAUUUCUAUUCUAUGCUAAGCACUGUAAACUUGAGUUUACGUAUUAUAAGACGACAUUAGCACUACGUAUUUAUUGCAGGUUUUUACUCCGUCUUAAUAAAUAAGUCUAAAGUAUAGUCUUUUCAUGAACUUGUCUCGUUUCUAUUUGAUCUUCGUAGCUUUUUCCAAUUUGUCAAUUAUUUUACUGUCACAGUGCUUCACAAUUUUGUAGUAGAAACUUGUAGCAAUUUUGCCCUUUGAUCCGAUAAACCGUUAAUAGGUAAGGGAGGAAAUAUUUUUUUAUUAACUUUGUUCCCGAAUUAAUAAUAUGAACCAUAUUUUUUUAAUGCCUCACACUCUAUCCUAGUCUUCCCCUAACUUUCAUAAAUAAAAGUAGUAUUUUAUUAAUUUAAAUAUGUUUCCUUACACACAAAAAACACUUUAGACGUAGUUAAGAAAGUCAGAAGACAAACUUGUUAUUCCAUAAUAGACUCUAAACUUGACAACUUUAAUGUUAUUUCGAGUAUAUUAUUUACAAUUUACAUUAUGAUGAAUUAUUCUGUUCAGUUGACCAUGUUUUCUUGACAAAUGACUUCAGAUACAAAAAUCAUUUAUUGUGUGAUGCUUAAAGCUUGGCAACUUAAUGUAGAAUGUUGAGAAUCAUAUUAAAAGUAACAGAUUCAACGUAAUAGGAUGUGGAAAUUCAUUUAAUGAAUGUGGUACAUUGUAGUUAUGGUUUAGACUCGAAUGGCAUUUAUUUUGACACAUUUGGAAAGUGUUGAAGAGAUAUUAUAAGUUAGAAUGAGUUACUACAUUACGGCAUGGAUGUGGCGUUUACACAACUGUAUACUUACUUAAGUUACCAAGCUAUAGUAUUACAAAUUAUCAAAGUUUUCCAAGAGAUACGUUUACUAUCAAGUAAUACUAGCUAGAUCAUUUGUAAAUACUCAGAACGUAUUUUAUUACCUAAAUGGUACACUAUUCCUUUUCAAAUUAUUGUCUGUAUCGAUUAAAUUGUACAAAUUUUAUAA